GCUCCGUAAGAGCGUAAAUAUAGUUUAAUUUAAAACUAUUUUUAUUUUUUAUUGUUAAUUUUCAGAUUCACGAAUCUUACAGCAAGUAUGACAGAUGUAAAUCCUAAAAGACUACAGAAGGUACAUUCGUCCAAAGAUGAUGACGACGAUGAAAAAUGUCAGACGUACGUGAUAACUGGGGAGGACCAUACGCUUGCCGGCGCUCUCAACCUCAUGCUACACAAGAACCCUGACGUACGAUCGGCUGGCUACAGCAUUCCACAUCCACUUGAGAACAAACUCAUGCUUCAAAUCGCUGUCCGACAGAAAGCCAAAACGACAUCUGAUGAAGUAUUCAAGAAGGCGCUGAAUGACCUCAAUAAUCAGUGCCAACAUAUCCUUAAGACGUUUGAGGUGGCCUGUGAGAUGUACAAAGAGAAAGCUGGAGUGAACUACUCUGAAGAUGAAAGGAUGGAUGUUUCCUAGGAUUUGUCUAAGAUAUUCUCUCUCUUUUUUUUCUCUCUCUUUAUGCAUGUAAAUAUUGUAUAUUUCUUAUAUAUCUAUGUAUGUGUAUAUAUGGAUGUAUGUAUGAUUGUAUGUUUGUAUGCAUGAUUGUAUGUACGUGAAGAUAAUAGCACAACGGCUCUUUACAACGUGAUUGUAUGUUGUGCGCAUUUUUAUAUUUCAAUCAAUUAAUCAAUGAUCCUCUUUUGUCCAUCGCGGGGCCGUCGAGGCUGAUGGUGUACAGCUAAGCAUUCUUUCUACAUUUCUUUUCUUUUUUCUCUCCAAAAACCUAUCUUUGGCCAGUUUUAUUGAAUUCAGAAUACCAACACCAGUUCAUUCAGUAAUGUCAUCCAUCCAUUUCUUUACAGGUCUACCAACGUUUUUCUUCCAAUCUUUUUUCCUCAGUAGUACCAUCUUAAUCAAUUUGUCUUCCCUCAUUCUACAAAUGUGUCCAAAAUAUCCCAAUUUUCUUUCUAUGUCUUCCAAGUUGAUUUCUGAUGGUUUUGUUCUUUACUUUCUGCCUCCAACUGAUUCCCAACAAAUUUCAGUAACACUUCAUCUCAAAUGCUUCCAAUCUGUCUUUGUCUCUUUUCUUUAUUGUCCAUGUUAUAUAUUUGCUCGUUUGUUAUUCUGCCCAUUUGUUUGUUUAUUUACUGAAUAAAUUCUUUUCAACUAAUUUUACAUUUUAUUUAUUUAAAUUAAAAAAUGUUAUUGAAAAAUAAUUGAACAAGGACAAAAUCUGGAUAAAUAAAAA